CAUCAACUAACCCUUCCAUUCAUGCGCACGGUGCUGGCAGACAGGAUUUUCAAAUGGUUGUACAUUAGUGCGUAAUGUUUGUCGUAAAGGUUAUUAAACCUGGUGAGCUUUUUAAUUUGCACACCGAUGUUGUACGAGAAAAACGAUGAUCAUGUCAACAGUGCGAAAGAUACUAUCAAAACCGUCCAGUGUAGUAUACAGAGGAAGAACUCAUACCUGUUUUUAAUUUGUUCCUGAUUCAUCCAAACUUGUAAACCGAUAUUUUUAGAUGGAUGCAUGGUGAUCCGGAAUACCAUACUGCCUUUGACUUGCACACGCUAACUGUUGGUUACGGUGUUACCGGAAUCUAGCUAUGAAUUCGUUGGUGUUGGAAUUCAUGUGCGCAAUCACGCCGCUGCAAUGCCAAAAUUUUGGAAGCCGAUUUGGCGCAUGAUCUCGUCUUAAAACCAAGGAAAACGUAUUGAUUCGGGAACUGAAAUGCAUGGACUUAUUAACCGAUGCCUGGAGCUUAUGGUCAUUGAAAAGUUUGGAGAAGAUUUCUGGACUAAACUAAAGAAAGAAGCCGACAUCAAAUUAUCGGGAGAAUUUCUUACGACAGAAUUUUAUUCCGAUGAAAGCACAUACAAGAUGGUGUUCGCUGCCGAGCGAUUAACAGGUGUGCCCGCAGACAAAAUUCUGGAAAUGUAUGGAGAGUAUUUCUACGAAUUCUCUGUGGAGUUUCAGUACGACAAAUUGCUGCGAGUGCUUGGGAACACCCCGGAAAAAUUUCUACAAUGCCUGGAUACAAUGCAUUUAGCGCUGGCACGUGUUUAUCCACCAAUGAGACCUCCGCUAUUUACUUGCAAAAAAUUACCGGAUGGAGAUCAUGUCAUCGGCUAUUACUCGAAACGUCCGGCUUUAUUGCCCAUUGCUGUGGGUUUGAUACGCCGAGCCAUUCUGGGACUGUUCAAUAUAUCAAUCGAAAUAACUGUCCUAUCCACUGACACAACGGACGGAUGUUAUAAAAUGCUUAUAAAAAAUCUUACCGGAAGUGACACUGUCGAAGCGCAGCGGAAUGAUGAAGAGCUGGUUAAUACCAUGUCGAAAAAAACCGGCUUCAUGUCACCACUGACUUUCACCGAACUCUUCCCCUAUCAUAUCCUAUUUGACCGUGAUUUUAAUGUGCUGCAAUGCGGUCAAGUCCUUUUUCGCGUGAUGCCGUGGAUACUGGAUGCUGACAGUAAAUUAAACAGUUGGGCACGCAUUGCACGGCCAUAUAUCACUCUCACGUACGAGCACAUACUGGAUCACCUCAACACGACCUUCCUCCUGGAAGUCACCAGUGCCGCUGAUGAGAAAUUUCGUUUAAACGGGCAAAUCAUCCACUUGCUGGAAAGCGACUUGCUGCUGUUCAUCGGAAGUCCUUAUGUGGUGUCGCUUGAUGACUUGUACCGGAAGGGCUUUUCCAUUGCGGACAUUGCGCUGUAUGAUGCCAAGCGGGAUUUUUUACUGGCAUCGGAAACAUUCGAUGAGGAGAGGAAGUUGUUUAAGCGACUGGAAGACUUGACGAAUAAUUUACAAGAAACUGCCCGACUGAUGGCAGUCGAGAAGGCGCGCACUGACCAACUGAUCUAUGAUAUUCUUCCAAGACCAGUUGCCAAACAGUUGAAAAUGGGUGAAAUGGUGGUACCGCAGCGUUACGAAUCGGUCACUAUUCUCUUCAGCGGAAUUGUGAAUUUUGAUAAAUUUUGCCUUGCCCGAGAUUCCGACAAAGCCGGUAUCGAAGUAGUGGACUUACUUAACAAUGUUUACAAACAUCUGGACAAGCUUCUAGAGCCGUCCCAGAAUGCAGAAGUUUACAAGAUAGAAACCAUCCAAGAUAAUUAUCUGGUGGUAAGCGGAGCACCAGAACCGACACUGUACCAUGCGAAACGGAUUUCGCGAUUAGCGCUGCAGAUGAUGGAGCGAGUACAGUUUGUCAAAAUUGGCAGCCAUCACGUUAAGUUAACUAUCGGGAUCAACUCUGGAGAAGUGGUCGCCGGUGUUAUUGGCAACCGAAUGCCACGCUACUGUUUGUUCGGUGACUCGGUGAAUUUGGCCAGUAGAACCUUGAAAACCGGCAAACCCGGCCGGAUUAAUGUCGCCUUUUCUACUUACAAGCUACUUCAAACCGGCUACAACUUCACACGGGACUUCCAGUUCGACUAUUACGGAGAGGUCAUCAUGAAAAACGUUAAACAACCGGUGCAAGUGUGGCUGCUCGAUCGGAAAACGGAGUCAUACCAGAAAAACAUUUCGCGCCUCUGUGAAAUUGCUUAACAAUGAUGUAUUUCGGUAGCAUCGAUAUAUUCUUGGGGCCUUUUUAUGCUGAUAUUCAUAGCAUAUGCCUUACUUUCAAAUUUCACUGUCGGCAGUGAUUGCCGAAUUUCUUCGCUACAAUGUGAUGAAAGUCUUCGGUUACCAAUUCAGAUCUAUAAUCUGCCUUUCAAAAUGCCCAUCCAAAUGCUAAAAGGAAUAAAAU